UAAGCAGGAAACUUUAAUUUAUGUUAUUUUCUGUUGUUGUUAACUUUAUUUAAGAUUUAUUUGUGUUGAUUUAUUAAAUGAACUGAAAAACUGAAUUAAAUUAAGAUCGAUGGCGUCGUCAAGUAAACUACCAGGCACUGGUCUAGAAGAAGUGGGAGUACCAGGACAAACUUUCUUGCGAGAUGCUCUGACAAGUUGUACCGACCCAUUGAAAGCUAUUGAAGAGUUUCAACUUGAAAACGGUAUUUUAUUGCCUUCUUUAAGGCCGAUGUUGCCUUUACUAGACCUGCAUGGCGUUCGGCGGCUCGACUUUCAUACAUCAGUUCUGGAGGAAUUACGUGAAAAACUCAUUGCACACAUCAACGAGCUUGGCAAUAAAGAUAACAAGGAUAAUGACAAAAAACUCAAAGAACUGCUAUCUAAAAGCUUCCCAGUUGUCAGAGUUAAAGCUUUAAGACCUGUUAUAAUGGGUAUUCUUAAAAAUAUCCCACAUAUAGAUGAUAAGUAUCUAAGGGUACUAGUUCGCGACAGAGAACUGUACAAUGACACAGAUACUGAGGUGAAGCGUCAAAUAUGGCAAGACAACCAGUCACUGUUUGGAGAUGAAGUUUCUCCACUCCUCAGUCAGUACAUCAGGGAGAAAGAAGAUGUUCUGUUUGAUCAUGAAAAUCUUACAAAUCUAUUUUUUUCCCCUUCACCAAAAGUAAGGAGACAAGGUGCAGUUGUUCAGAAACUUGCCCACAUGAUAGGUACUAGUGUUAAGUUAUAUGACAUGGUGUUACAAUUCUUGAGAACAUUAUUCUUAAGAACUAGAAAUGUUCAUUAUUGUACAUUAAGAGCAGAGCUUCUCAUGGCCUUGCAUGACCUAGAAGUUCAAGACAUCAUAUCUGUAGACCCUUGUCAUAAAUUCACAUGGUGUUUGGAUGCUUGUAUCAGGGAAAGGAAUGUAGACAUUAAAAGAUCUAGGGAACUGCAAGGUUUUUUAGACAGUAUUAAAAAGGGACAGGAGCAAGUUCUAGGAGAUCUUUCUAUGACGUUAUGCGACCCUUAUGCUAUCAAUUUCUUAGCAACGUCAGCUAUCAAAAUUUUACAACAUUUAAUAAACACUGAAGGGCUACCUCGAGAUAGUACAGUUUUAAUACUGCUGCUAAGAAUGUUGGCAUUAGGGUUGAGCGCUUGGGUAAUGAUCGAUUCUCAAGAAUUCAAAGAGCCAAAAUUAGAUAGUCAAUGUGUCACAAAAUACUUGCCUGCCUUGAUGUCAUUGAUGGUGGAUGAUCAAGUGAGAGCACUACAUAAUAAGUUACCUCCAGAUGAAAGAGAGUCUGCCAUCACUACGAUAGAGCACUCGGGACCUCCGCCUGAUGCUUGUGAAGCUUAUAUGAGAGAAAGCUCAGUUUGUGGUGUUAUUGCAAUGUACUACACACUGCAUGCAGCCAAAUUACGUGACCGUGGUGCCUUACUUCGCAUUCUUAGUAUUCUCGGUAGUUGUAAAGAUGGCAGAGCAUAUGAAGACCCAUUUUUGCAUGCCUUAGUAGCACUUCUAGUACAGUUACCUGAUGAGUUCCAAGGAGAAGAUUUUAGUACUGUAUUAUUUGAUGAAUUCUUCUUUGCUGGACUAUCUAAGGAUAAUGUGACAAGACACUUAUUGAAAUUGCUGUGGUAUAUUCAUCCAAAAUUACCAGAGACUAGAAUUCAAACUCUUAUGAAAGCGCUGCAGCCUGGAACUCAGCAUAAUGAAUCUGUACAUAAAUUAUAUGAGACUUUACAACAGAAAUUAAAUGCACAAACAGAACCAGGUCCGAGUGCAACUGAAAUGGAAUAUCUGGACUCGCCGUUAAUGAGUGUACGCACACCAGCACCAUAUCAUAUGUAGCAAAUAUUCAUAGUUCAUUAUUUACUUUUAAGUUAUAGACAUUAUAUAAAUUAUAUAAAUAUUAAAACAAU